UGGUGGAUUCCCUGUGGUCAGGUUUCCAGGCAGACUCAAGCACAGGAUUCCUACCAUGAUAAAGGCAGAGAACACCCCGAGGAAGGAAAGCAUCCAGACAAUGGCUUAUACAGCAAGGGACCAUCGUACUCUGGUUAUUCUGGGUAUAUCAUGAUGCCAAAUAUGAAUAACGACCCAUACAUGCCUAAUGGAUCUCUGUCGCCACCCAUCCCCAGAACAUCCAACAAGGUGCCCGUGGUACAGCCUUCUCAUGCGGUUCACCCCCUCACCCCUCUUAUCACCUACAGCGAUGAGCACUUUUCCCCGGGGUCACACCCGUCUCAUGUCCCCUCUGAUGUCAGCUCCAAACAAGGCAUGUCCAGGCAUCCUCCAGCUCCUGAUCUCCCUACCUUCUAUCCCUUGUCUCCAGGGGGGGUUGGACAGAUAACACCACCUCUUGGCUGGCAAGGUCAGCCUGUAUAUCCCAUCUCGAGUGGAUUCAGGCAGCCCUAUCCAUCCUCACUCUCAGUCGACCCUUCCAUGUCCAGGUUUUCACAUCACAUGAUUCCUGGUCCUCCAGGCCCUCACACAACUGGAAUCCCUCACCCAGCUAUUGUAACACCUCAAGUAAAACAAGAACAUCUGCACAACGACAGUGAGCUAAUGCAUGUGAAGCCUCAGCACGAACAGAGAAAAGAACAAGAGCCAAAAAGACCUCAUAUUAAGAAACCUCUGAAUGCUUUCAUGUUGUACAUGAAAGAAAUGAGAGCAAACGUUGUAGCAGAGUGUACUCUGAAAGAAAGUGCAGCUAUCAACCAGAUCCUUGGCAGAAGGUGGCAUGCUCUCUCCCGUGAAGAACAAGCAAAAUAUUAUGAACUAGCUCGUAAAGAAAGGCAGCUACACAUGCAGCUUUAUCCAGGCUGGUCUGCAAGAGACAACUAUGGGAAGAAAAAGAAGAGGAAGAGAGAAAAGUUGCAGGAAUCAGCAUCAGGUGGGAAAAGAAAUGCUUUCUCAACUUGCAAAGCAAAGGCGGCGACACCAGGACCCCUUCUGGAGAUGGAAGCUUGUUAAACCCUAGGUGUGUCCUUCAUCCACACAGACCACCCCAAGGAGUCUGUCUAGGAUGUCAUCCACCCUGAUGUCACUGCUAGAGACACUGAAUCAUAAAGACAAUCACUGCCAAAAUCCUUCACUAUCACGAGGUCCAGCCCUGAUAUAAAUAGAGCAAAUGAGCUCCUGGGUCAGCAGAGCAGCUUUUGUCUUCACCUCUGCCUUGCACUCUUAAGCACCCAUCUCAUCUGUGUCCAUAUUGAGUCAGCAAACACAGUAGCAUGGCUGUCUGUGCCUGCUUCAGCCAGCAGAAUUCCAUAGACCACAGCUGCCCCACACAGCACAUCAAGGGAUGGAAUUUGCCUGGACCAGGAUGACGCGCUCAACCUUUUUAUUUAAUGGUGCGACAGGAUCAAUUUUGGUUUUAGCUUUUUUUAAGAAACUUGAAUGCUUUUAUAUUUUAACUUUUAGUUUGUAAUUUCUUUGGUGUAUAUUUUACUAGGUAUGAGCUUAAACAAGUGUCAAAAAUCUGAAAUACUUUUUAAAUAAAAGGAGUUUUUCUUUUUUUUUUUUUUUUCUUCCAGAGGAAAAAUCUGUAUGGAAAAAAGGUGGCUGUUUUGUUAAACUAUUUGUAACAAAUAGUGGCCUCUCAGUCUAUAUAAUACAGUGUCCUAUAGAACUAAAUAAAUGUAACAACAGUCAGCUGGUCAGUAGACAUGUUAGUCUUGCAUCAUCUACUCUGUAAACAUAAGCAAUACAUUCAGCAAAUCUGACUGCAGUGAGUUCUCCUUCUCACCCAUUCCCCUUCUCCUUGUAAAAAGCCCAGCACUUGAAUUAUUACUUCAAUUGUUCUGUAUUUGUAUCUGUUUUUGUUAGCCUGUUAGUGGGAUUUUAUGCCAGUUGUUGAAAUGAGCAUUGAUGUACCCAUUUUUUAAAAUAGUAAGGCACAGCCUUUGCCAAAAAUACUGUCAACCAAUUUUUUUUUGUCAUUCCAGUUUGAGUUAAUGUGCUGAGCAUUUGUUUUUUAAUAAAAGCUUUGUAAUAAAAUGGAAUUUAACUGUCUUUAAAAUUGGAUUUAAAAAAACAACCAAAAAUGGGUUUUGGUAGAAGCAAGCUCAGGAAGGCACAGUCACUUGUAAGGCUGAAGACUUUUGGCUCAGUCUUCUGUAUUAGGAAAUACAGUGUGUCUGGCUGUUUGCUCACCUGAAGUGAUUUUGGAGAGUGACUUUUUCUUUGAAAAGUGAGGAGAAGUCUCAGAUCCAUAGCAAGAAUAAGGAAUGGGGAUGGUCCCUUUUGCUGCUCAGUUAGCUUUGGCCUAAGUGGAAGUAUUAAGGAUCCCUCCAUCAUCAUUUUCCUGGCAAAAUCAUAGGGAAGGGCAGUGGUUUUAAGCUGAUGAUUACAAAUAAGGAUUUGCUUCUUUCUGGAUGUGCUCCAUGCCCACACAAGAGGUAGAGGCCUGCAGUUAAAUUUGUUGUAGCUGUAUAAAUAACUCCUCAGUCAGGGACUGAAGCUGGCUGCAAAAUCAGCUGUUCAAGGCCUGGUUUCAUGGUCUGAGAUCCAGAGUCAGCAUGGCCUGCCUACUGCCAGUGAUGCCUGGGAGAUGUUCCUGCCAUAGCAAGCAGCACAGCUGCCUCACCUCUACUAAGGGAUGUAAAAAAACCAGACACUGCAGCCACAGGUGGAACUACUCCACCUGUUUUUGAGUGGAAAAGAAAUAUUAUGAACUGUACGUUGAAUCAGCAUUCUUUAUAUUCCAGUUCCCAAAUCUUGUUUGGCAUGAGACUGGACUGAGUCAAGCUUAAGCUACAAGAAAUGACAUAGGUCAGUUACUGCCUAAGGAAGCUUUGGAACUGAAUUGUUUAUAAAUGACCCUUUAACUCAGUUGCAUAAGAAAUUUCAUAAUUAAAAAUGUUAUAAAACAACUUCCUCUUCAACCAGUGUGCACUGCACACAUGCCCAGUUUUAAGGCUGUAACUAGCAUAUUAGUUCUUGCAAUAUUUAUUUCUAGCAACUGGUGAUUAUGUUAAAAAAAAAGAAAAACAAGUGACCAGGCUCUCAGAAGGCAGGAGAAAAUAUCUCAUGAGAGAAUAGCAACUGUAUACUGGAGUUUUGCAAGACUUGGCUAUGUUUCCAUUCAAUUAUCCCAGCCUUUGCUGGAAACCUGUCUGGCUUUUGGUUUGGGGUUUGGUUUUGUUUUUUAAAGGGGAAAAAGGCAAGUACUUAGUGCUGUAAUUGUUCUAAAUCAAAGAUUACUGCAGUGAGAUCUGCAAAUUACAUGUUCCAAAGACAACAGUUCUCUUUAGAACUUUAUAAAACAUGACUACUGUUUAGAUUCUGUAAUGGCUAUUUAAAGAGCCAUUUAUCCAUUCUGAAAAAAACUGUUCCAAAUGGAAGUGUCAGCUUCAUGUAGCACAUUGUCCCCAGUACACUGUUGUGAACAGUUGCCUGCCUUAAGGACGAAAGGUCUUUCAGCUCUAAUAGUGAAGAAAAAGAAUUUGGGAGCUAAAAAUAAUGCCUCUGCUGUUAACAUACAGUGAACAAGCACCAUGUGUUGGGCUCAUUCAUAGACCAAAGACCUUUCACACACAGCAGCUAUGGGAAAUGUUAACUUAUAUGCAAGGCUUAGGGUGCUGCUGUGAGAGCCCCUGAAACAGAGUAACCCUGCUAUCCUGGAAUACCCCUGUGACUUGGGUCUGUGUCCACUCCUGUCCUCCCCUGCUAAUUGGCAUUUGUUCCUGUGGGACUGAGAGAGUCCUCACUGCACUGUGCCAGCUGUCAGUGGAGACAGAUGAGCUAGUAAAGAUGGCCAAGGAUGGUGGUGCUACCCUGGCAGUAAGACUAGGUUUAAAUCCUUGUGACAUGGAACAAAUUAUUCCAGGUGAGAAUCAAAAUCAGCACCUAAAUUCCUGAUGUGCAAUUUAGGCAGACAUCAGAAUCUAACCUUGUCUCUUUUGGGUGCCUGAGGAGAUGAUUAUCAUGUAUUUCCCACAGAAAACAUCUUCAAGGAUUUAAAUGUUCCUACCUAAUGGCUGAGGUAAUUAUCUAGACACUUCUGUACAAGCACUCACAAACCACUCUCUGCCCCCACAGUUGGUUCUGUGCAUGCACUAAAAGCAGUUCUUGCACGGAUCACAGCAUGGGUAGUCUAGUUCAUAAACACAGAGCCUAGGAAAUACACAGCCUUCCCCCUCCCCUCACCAAAACCAGCAGAUACAGAAGAGGGGAGUUGAGCCAGGAUUAUUUACAGCUAACCAGGCCAACCUCACAGGAUGGUCUGGCUCCUCAGGCUUCUGCAUCUCCUGGACCAGAGCCAUUUUCCCUGUGUUACAUAAAAGAACAAUGCUUCAGCUAACUUUGGCUUCUUAUGCAGCAAGUGAUGACAGAUUCACUAGUUGUGCUUAUAGGGACUCACCAGCUCUACUGAAUUAUCUUCUGUUGUAGUUUCCACUUUGGAUUAGGCAACAGAAAAGGCAGUCACUUAGUUUGAUGGCUGGGUCAAUUUUGCCAAAUGUAGGACCUUAAGGACCCAAUGCUUGCUCCAGGCUCUAGGACAGCAGAAUCCACAGCAUUUGUCUGCACUCCUUUGAAACCACUGCAGUGCACAAGGCUUUGAAGCAACCAUUCUGUUUCCUGGUGGCCUCCUGCUGUCAUCUACGUGGCAGCUAAUCAGGCUAAAGCAAGACUGGCAGAAAAUGAAGGACUCUACUGAGACUUGAGAAAUGCCCUGUAACCUCUCCCAUAAGGCAGCUGCAGGUUUUUCCCUGCAUUUGCAAGGGGAUUAACAUGCAAGGGAAGCCCCUCCUUCAGAACAAGGACCUAACACAAAGUAGAACAGUAGAGGGGAAAUAAGUAAGUCCAUAAAUAGCCAGAAGUCUGUCAGCUAUGAAUACCUUUCUCCUAAGUCAGGUCAGUGAAAAACUACUGGGCUAAAAAGGAAGGCAGAAGGAGCAGCUGUAACAGGAAAAUGGUUGGCUAUAAACACAUUCCAAGAUGAAACCAAAAACCUAGAAAGAAUGCCCAAACACAUUCACUUCUCCAUGACACAUCAGGAAGAGAAACUCUGGAUUAGUGUAUGAAUUUACCCUUUGAGUCUCCUCAUAGAUAUGAAGCUCAGGUUUAGAAAGCCAAGCAAGCAAAUGGGUAUCUGCCCAGGAAAAGGAACAUAUGUGCCAGAAAUAGGGGAAAUGAACCUCUUAAUCACCAGGUUUUGGCCAGGUCAAAAUAAGGACUCCCCAUCCUCCUACAUAAACAGUCAUGCCUUCAGGCCAUGGAUUUUAAAUGAUGGCUUCUCUUUGGACACUCCCCCUGCAACAACCAUGACCUCCCUGAAUCACAGAUGUCUGCUUGGCUGAGAUAACAGUCACUGCAUACCUGCUCUGGGAACCUUAGAAAACCAAGGUUUUCUUCCUGUGAACACUGUUCUACAAACCACAUUUUCAUAAACUCACCCAUCCCACCUUCCAGAAACCCAACAAAUGCAAAUAAGCAACAGGUUCAUUAACCUGCCAGCUACGGAAAAUCAGCAUAAACCAACAGAGCUAGGAGAAUUUCUGCUUCAUACUAGAAGAGCAACUCACCCAAGAAGUGAUCUGUUCACUGUGCUGAGAAAAGGUAACUGACAUCAUAAAAUCUUCAGCAGAAUAAGAAAAAUAACAUACUCCAAAACUUAAUGAUAGUCAGAAGAGUUAUUUGGACAGGCCAUUCUUUGAAUUUGUAUAAAUUUCCUACAGCUAAGAAAAGUGGCUAAAAAAGUCCAACAGGAUAUCUAUUUGGCUGAGUUAGGACAUCUCUGUCUUUUGAGACAGAGAAAAAGGCACAGAAACAAGGACUCAGAUCUUGACAAAGCAGAAUUCUAUACAAGGAUUAGUUCUUCUGGGCACCUGCCUGUGAAAGCAAAGUGUUGGGUAACAAAAGAGGAAACAGCACACAGCACAACAUGGCAGUGACUACAUCCCUUGACUGAAAAAAGCCCAAGAUGGACAAGAUUCUCACAUUUUAGUCAUUGCUUUUGCUACCCUGAAAUAUGUUUCCUUUUUACUCUUCUCUGUGAAAUGUUUAAUUUUGUCAUGAUUAACAUCAGCAGCAACAAUUUCUUUCAUUCUACAGUCUAUUAAUGCCAAAUUAAUAGGUUGUAAUCAUAUUUGCAAAAAAUCAUGACUGAACAGCUACUGCUUUUUUCCUGUAAAGACCUGAUAGGUUCAAACUGUACUCAACUUUUUAUGAUAAUAACCUGAAAGAAUUCACAAUCAAAACAUCCUCGUCUAAUAACCCUCAACAAAUUUAACCAUGAAUGGUUUUAGCCACUGUUUGAAAAUUCAAAUUUUAUAAGGCAGAUUUCACGUAUGGUCAAAUUUUCCCUUUGAGUGGGAUUGGUAUAACUGCAUGACCCAGAAAUCAAACCACUCACAGCACUGAGUUAAUCACUGAGCAGUCUAAUUCUGCCUAUACUGGUACUAAUAUUUAAUUGUUUAGUAAAUGUGAAUUUACUGAAAUUACAUACUGAAGCAAAUUGCAAGGCAUUUCUCAAUAUUCAAGUGGUUUAUUCCCUUCUUCCUCUAGUCCAUUUGAUUUUACUUCUACUCUAGGUCUCUUCCCUUCUCCCUCUUCUCUCCAGUGUUUGACUGACUCCUCUGCUCUUGCCCUGCCCUCAUUGGCAGGAGUUCCCUGCUGAUGGAACAGCUCUGCUAACUGCUCUCGCCCACUCAGAAGCAGUCCCCCCUUUCCAAUGACCUAAUGCUGGAUUUGAUAUGAACCUAAAAAAAAUUGACUUAAAUCUAGCACAGGUCUAACACUUACACUGUAUUUUCAUUCUGUCCAGUUUGGAAAAAAAUACAAUUUGAAGGAAGAAAGGGGAGAAAGACUAUUUUCUAGGCAGGUAAAGGAAGAAUUUCCCUGCAUAUGUGUUCCCCAAGCACAUUUGAAGGAUGGUAGGUACCUCCUUAGCUCCCAGGUAUGUUGUCAGGAUCAGAUACAAUUAUAUGUAACUCAUGUAAACCACAGACAGAAGAAUUAAGAGAUAUUUUAAAUGAGAUGCAUAUAGCUACACUGCAGGUACAGUUAUCAUAACAGCGACCACACAAUUAUAUAAAUAUGGAAUACACUGUAUUUAUCAACCAAAAUUCAAAGAAUUCUUCAGAUCACCUUACUCCAGCAGUUGCCUCACUAUCUUAACCCUUUGCCAUUUUUGGGUGGGAGUUAGCUCAGAGGCAAUGGCAAGGAAACCCAGACAAGAACAGGAAAAAACAGCACAGAGAAAGCUGAUGGGCCAGGAUUUAAGAGUUUCACCUGAACUACUUUCUAUUGGGCACUACUGCUACUGUAGCAUUUACACUGCCAUGGCCCCAGGGAAGUGUGGAGACCCAUGCUUCAGCUGAGGGUGUAACAAAAUAGAAGCAGCAUCUCACAGAAAAGAUGAAAUGGAAAAGUGCAAACACCACUUCCAACCACUGCCAACACAUCACUCUGAACUGAACAAUGAAGACUAGGUAGGACUUUCUCACCCGUCCCUUUACCAGAUUUCAUACAGUUUAUUUUAGACAUUGUGGCCAGUGCUUAAUUAAAUAAAGCAGAAGACAACUCCUAACCAGGAUAGAAAAGUCUGCCACAUUCUUCACAGCAUACAGGAGUUGGGGUUGAAGGACGUCCUUGAUAACUCCAAUCUUGAAAUCACUUCUAGUCAAGAGUAUCUAAAAUCCUCUAAACACAUGCUGGAUUUCCAGCUGCCAAAUAUCAAACUUUGUUACUUCUCUCUCCAUUCCCCAGCAGAUUCAGCAAGUUCUCCAAAGCCACUUCCUUGCCUGCAGAAGGCAGAGAAUAUGGCACUCAUUUUAGAUUGAUUUCCCAAUUUUAAUAUAAAUCUGCUGCAAGUUGAGCUAUAUGCCUGUGGAUUAGCACUACUCUCAUAAUAUGUUGACACAAAAUUCUGAGUCAAACUGAUAUCAGCAAUAGCUAAGCCCAGUCUUAUCUGUCACUGAAACAGUUCAUUCCCUAAAAACACAAUAAAAGCAAUUUUUCAAAGUAAUAGUUUUCACUAGCAACUUUCCUCCUUGUAAUGUCAGAAAUGUCCACCACUGUGGAAAAGCUCUGGUCUUUGCUAGAAAGCAAUGAGUCUGUGGGUAAAGAUAGUGCCAAUUGUACAAUCAUUUGACAUACUCAUCACUGUUUGCCAUUAUUCUCCCCCUCCACCUCUACUUCAAAUAUCACAUGUCAAUAGGCUAAGCAAUGAUUUCAGCUGUAAACAUGUGCAAAUAGUAUUUUGAAUAUGACUCUGUCUUUGAGGUAACUAUAUGUUCAUCUUUUGAUCUAUGACAACCAAAUGUCCUUACAAAUUUAGAUCCAAGUAACAAUACUGGCUUCAGUUCAUAGAUUUGCUAGCUAAGCGUCAGCUUAGGCAACAAUAGCUUUCAGUCUUUGCCAAAAAUAAAAGUCCCUAAGAAAGAGAGAGACUUCUUCCUCAGUUUUAAGUAAUGUUUUUAUUUAAAGCAAUUAAAAAAUGGUAUCAGGAAAACCAUUUAUGUGAAAUUCAUAGCAUCUUCUCCCUGUCCCCCCAUAUUCUCUCCUAUUAAAAGAAAAAAAAUACCAUUUUAAAACCCUCAUAUCUCUAGUACUAAAUUAAUUAAAUUCUGCAAGUAUCUCUUCUGUCUCUUACUUUAAAGUACGCUAUUUAAAUGGCCAUUCUCAAUCUCACACUUCACACACUGCCGUGUUCCUAAAAGCACCCUGACUGGUUUGAGAAUCCACAGCCUCAUUCAAAUCAGCUCCCUCUCAAUAAACUACUUCCCUGCACUCUAUUUCACCCAUGCUCCUCCUCAAAGGACUCACAGACAUCUCUUUAGGCACUUAAAACAUUAUUGGGGUGUCCCCUGCUCACUGUCUGACACUGAUGUCACAGAAGCACUCAGAAAUCCAUCCAUAAGCAGAUGGGAUGACCCUCUGACUCAAAAGGAAGAAAAAGCAGGGUGAAGAAAUCAGGAGGCAGUACUUUUUUCCAACCCUCAGAAGCACAGUCUGAUUGCUACUGUCUGAAGUUACUAAUUAGCAAGAGCAGAAUUUUGUUCCUGCAAGGAAUUGUGUUUGAGAAAGUAGACAAAGAGGAAACAGAGGAAGAAAAGUAUGAAAGUUGCUGUUUUCUUUCACAUUGUCUCAAGAACUGAAAGGAGGUGGGAGAACUUGCCAUCAAAGUCCAUGCCAGCUCUUUUCUAAUAUUCCCCAUUAUUUUGAAAAUUAGGUUCAAGAUUUAAAAGUAAGCUAGGGCCCCCAAAAUUAGGCUCUUCAAUAAAUACUUUCUUAAAGUUCUGAGAGGGAUUUGAGUGCUGAGAAGAAAUCAUAGGAAGCUAGAUGCCUCAUCUGUUUAGGCAUUCUGGAAAACAUCACUAGACUUCCAACUGAAAUAAAAGGCUUUUAGAAAUUUCACCCUAAACUGCAAUGAAAAAAGAAUUGCAACAUCAGCUGUAAGGAACCCAUUAGCCCUCUUGACAUAUUCAGAGAAAUAAAGCAGUUGUCAGAAACAGUUUACCUUUUACAACCCCUUUAGAGAAAACUAACAACUGAAAAGCCUGUGAAAUACAGAUGCAGUGUAUCUUACACCUGCUUAUGCUUGUGGCUGUGUGGGAGUCAAAGCAGCAGGUCUCAAACAAAGUUAAUGUAAAGUAGCUGAAGAUUCUGAGUUGAAGCAAGGGCUUUCUUCCAAUGACUGCAGUGCUCCAGUCCAAGUCUGGGCACCACUGCAUGCCAAGGAGUCAGGGAUCAGAGCGGUCCCUUCCUUGGAUUAUACGUUACUUACACAGGUCCUGCCACCAACAGAGCACAGAAAUGUCAGCCUGAGCCCAACCAAGAUCCACUUACUGUAAAUGUGUGGUUUUACCAAUUCCUAUUGCACAAAUGUUUAAUAGGUCCAUUUGAGUAUGCAAAGAUAAUUAAGGAAAAAAAUGGGGGUUUUAUUUGGUGCUAAUUCACCACAUGCAAAUUCCAGCUGUUUACUGUAGACCUACCACCAAGCAUACACUUCUUCCCACAGCUCAUCAGAAAGCCUCUUGCUGGUGAAAGUGGUUAAUCCACAACAUUUUUGUUGCUGAAGCCAAGACUCCAAAUGGGGGGUUUAAGUUACUAAUGACAAAAAACUUGCAUUCUUUAACUAGCGAAUACUGUAAGGGUUUCUCCAUUUACAGAAAACCGCCCAGAAGUGGUUGCUGGCAGAAAAAAAUGGACCAGAAUAGAAGAAGCUGUUACCAGGCAGGACAGAGAUGCACAAAGCAAAGCAGCAGCAAACAACAGGCUAGGAAAAAAUCCUGUUAUCUGACAGCAUGGGACAGCCAAAGUAAGCGACAAGUUCCUUAGUGCCCGCCAAGCAAAAGCCUUGUGCUAAAAUAUCCUCCUGUGCCGUGGCCAACUCGCGGCCUCUGACCUCAGGCUGGAAACAAAGCUUGGCCUCACGCCUCACUGUGAUGCCUUGUGCCACCACAUGACAAAAGAAAUGGCUCCUUUAAUAACUAGGUUUGAUGCUUUGUAUUAUUCCUGCCCCAGAAGCAACCAGAACUUCCAGCCAGCAUUAGAGCUUUAUGGUGCUGGUUUCUCUGCAAAGAAUGAACUGCCGUGAGUUAUUUUCAAUUUAUGGAAAACCAAAUAGAAAGCCUCUAAGGGAAUCAAAGAGAAGAGUGAAUUAAACAAGUGCAAAGUUGCUCCAUGGGCAUACAAACCUAAAUCUAAUAUAUUAUCAGUAACACCUAACAUCAUCACACAUGUGAUCUCAUACAUUUAAAUUAAGACUCUGCAUAGCAUUGCAUUUAUAAAUGAACAAGUAUUGCAUAAUAAAUGUAUAUAAAGAGCCAUUUCAGUUUUGAUGUGAACUAUUGAGAAGAUCAUAAAGCUCAAGGCAGAUCAUUCUACAAAUCAUCUUUACAGUUACCAGAUUGUGGCUCUACUUAACCCUUCUCUAACAGAAUUCAGUAGAAGCACAUCCCUCUGGCAGUGAAUAACAGAAAAAGCUACUGAAGAAACAUGUAACAUGAAAAGAUAUAGCUCUCAAAAGAAUCACAGCAUCUGCUGUUGUUACUGGUCUCAGCUCUUCCAAAAAGCACAAGAAAAAGGCAUUAUUCAGGUCAGUUUUAUAAUUGCUCACAUGGUCACAAACUGUAGUGAAUAAAAAUACUGAGAUGUGGAUCACUGCUGUGGUACUAGUUAGAAACGAACAUAGCACCACAGCUACAGGUGCCUCUCUCGAAAAAAUAGCUCCAAAACUGUCAGCAGUAAAUUCUUAGGAAAAGUUGGUCUCCACAAACUACAGAAGCUGUGUGUAGUGUGCCCACAUCUUUAAAGUCACCUGGUACUGUAAAGGGGCUUUCUCUAGAUGCAAUAACAAGCAUGCACUAAACAACAGAGAAUGUCUGCUACUACCUCCCACCUCCUAGCACCACACCUGCCCACAGGAAUACACUGCAUAGCAUUAGCUUACACCUAACUCACUUGCACACUUUACUGACCAAAGCCUGGCACAAAGUCUGGAACACACAAGACCUCUUCACAUCAAAAUCACCUUUAGGGCAGGCAAACAAAACAAUUAUUUUUGAGAUGCCUUUCUCAUUCUAGUAACAGAUACAGAUUUAACAAGACAAUUGUAUCUCACUACACUUCACUUUAUACAGCAAAUAUCUUCUUUCUUGCUUCUUCACCCUGACAACAUUCACUAAUUUAUAAUUAUAAGUGGGUCUCCAGAAGAGAUUGGUUGAUGAACCUCAAAAGUUUCACAGAUACCUGGAGGUGUGUAAGAGCUCCAUCCACAGAACAAGCCACCAAAUAUGGCACUAAGAAAACAAACCCAAACCACAAUGGAAUCUCAUUCAGAAGCCACUACCUUGCUUUUCAGAGACCUGAUUCACUGUUGAAGUGCAUGGCUGGUAGUACUGGAUCUCAUGACUCUGAAGAGCCCAUGCUAGAUGCUGGAGUUAACUUCUGUUAAUUGGUUUUUGAAGGAUAUUUGCAUUGUCACCUCAAAACCCUUGGAUCAGAUGGCUUGGGUGACAAAUAGAAUUCAUCUAUGAAAAAGAUACCUUUCCAAGUUAUUUUAUGCAACUGCUGAGUCAAUCAAUUCUACACACUUAAUUCCCUUCCAGAUCAAACUUUACUGCCACCUCUUGCACUUUAUUCUCCAUAAGCCACCCCUGCAGAGCACCCUCCUCUGCCCAAUAAAAAUUCUACUUUCAAGUCCCUGUUUAAAAUUUGCUGUGCUCCCGUUUUCUCCCCUGCCAUGUCAGCAGCUAGGUUGACCACAGAUGGAGCCCAUUUGGCAGCUGAAAUGACCCAGAUGCUGAAUCUGGAGCAUCUUCCCAGCUGCAGUCGCUGGGCUCACGUCCGACUCCUCGGCUGCUGGCUGUCAAGCUGCCCUUGAGCUGUGCCAAGCAUACAUCCCAAAGCUUUGGCCAAAGUGGGGCAAAUGCUCUAAAUCUGUGAGGCUGCUGACAGAAAGGAUAAUAAAGACUAAAGGUUUUAAAAGUAGGCAGUGAGGGAAAGCAAACACCCUUCCCUCCCUUCUCUUCUAUCCCUCAUUUUUUUCCACAAUCUCUUUUCCACUAUUAAUAAAAAAUUCAAGGAGAGCUGAAUGGUGAGAGCAGGUCUGAUGUACCACACGCUAGUCAGAGGUACUGACCAGCAGGAGAUUCCCCUUCAUCCACACUGUGUGCAGUGGAAGGUGGCUCAGGUACCUCUGCUUCAAGUCACAGCCACAGCAAGGGAUGGGAAAUAAUCUUUACUGAGGAAAAGGUGGCAACAGACAACUCCUUUAUUACAUUACAUAUUCAUUCUUUAAGCUCUCUAGAAAUCUUUAAACUAUCAAAGCUGUAGAAAUUCUUGGAAAAUUCAGGAGUGACUACUUAAUAUCCUACUUCUGGCUAAUUUCCUAAUUUUCCUCUCUUAAAAGGACUUCUACAUUUUCCAUGCCUCCCCAAUGAGGAGCAAAAGAAAAGGCUUACCUUGUUUCAAUGACUACAGUCAUGAAAUUACCAUUCUGCAUUCUGAUCUAGAUUUAAGAGGGAGCAUUUGAAGCUUUCACCCUUUACCUCAUCUCUACUCAUCCUGGCCCAGCACUCCACGUGCUGAUAAAAUAAACUAUCCCCACCCACCAUUAAAGUACCUCUACAGGGCCUAUUCUGCUAAAAAAAAAAAAAA